AUGGGAUGCAAGUUGUCUCAGCUCGCAGCAUCCGAGUUCUCCCAAGACCCCCUAAACAAGCCACCACCCCCGGCCGACCCCCGCUCACCCUUGACACCUAAGCAGCAGUACUGCAUCAUGGCCUCAUGGAAAGGGAUCUUCAGACAGAUCGAGAAGACCGGAAUUAUAUUGUUUGUCAAGUUAUUUGAAGAAAACGAAGAGCUCAUGCACUUGUUUGAGGAUUUCCGCGAGCUUCGCACCAAAGAAGCCAUCGUGAAUUCCGCAGAGCUGGCUGAGCACGCCACGAAGGUGAUGCACACCCUUGACGAGGGCAUCAAGGGUCUGGCCGACAUGGACACCUUCUUUGCGUACGUCAGACACGUCGGCGGGACCCACCGGCAGGUUCCGGGGUUCAAAGCUGAGAACUUCAUGAAAAUCGAGCAGCCUUUCCUAGAAGCAGCUAAAACCACCCUGGGCGAGAGGUACACCCCGAAUAUAGAGAACAUAUACAAAAUGACCAUCCGAUUCAUUCUAGAGAACCUCGUCAAGGGUUACGAAGAAGAAUAUGAGUAG